UUCAGGCAUCGUUGUGAAGCUGAUGUAUUCUUUUAUUAUUUGCAUUUUCGUCGGCAAAACAGAAACAAUUUAUUAAUUUUCGUUGAUAAGUAAAGUGACUACAAUUUGGGUAAAAUAUUGCAAACAAUUUUAAGAAUUCUACAUAAACUUCAUUAAAUUUUUAUUACUUAACAAAAGAGACGAGCAUUUUUGGAAAAUGGAUAAUAGCAGUGUUGUAGAAAAUCGUGAAAAGGAUCGUGAUCGCCGUGGACGUGGGGCACGUGGUUCCCGUUUCUCCGAUGCCGAUGCGACCGGUAGUACCGGUGGCAACGGCAGCGGCAGCAUUAAUCGUGAUCGCAGUCGAGAAAGACGCAAUUGCCGCAUUUACAUUUCAAAUAUUCCAUACGACUAUCGCUGGCAAGAUCUCAAAGAUCUUUUCAGACGUGUUGUUGGCUCUGUGGAAUAUGUUGAAUUGUUCCAUGAUGAAAGUGGAAAAGCCCGCGGUUGUGGUAUUGUUGAGUUCAAGGAUCCCGACAAUGUCGAAAAGGCCUUGGAGAAAAUGAAUCGUUAUGAGGUGAAUGGCCGUGAAUUGGUGGUUAAAGAAGAUCAUGGAGAACAGCGUGAUCAGUAUGGCCGCAUAAUGCGUGAUGGAGCUGGUGGUAGUGGUGGCGGCGGCGGUGGUGUUGGAGUCGGCGGUGGUCGUGGCGGUGGCUCUGUAGAUCGUGGCGGUGAUCGCGGUUUUUCUCGACGUGAUGACGAUCGAUCAUCUGGUCGUAAUAAUUUUAACAUGAUGUCAAAUGAUUUUAUUAAUCAACAAGGGAAUUAUAAUUAUUAUGGUCUUUCUGCUUCGUUUUUGGAGAGUCUUGGCAUAACUGGACCUUUGCAUAAUAAAGUUUUUGUUGCGAAUCUUGACUACAAAGUGGACUCGAAGAAACUUAAGCAGGUCUUUAAACUGGCUGGUAAAGUGCAGAGCGUAGAUUUAUCUUUGGACAAAGAUGGCAACAGCCGUGGUUUUGCAGUCGUCGAAUAUGAUCAUCCCGUAGAAGCGGUGCAGGCCAUUUCCAUGUUGGAUCGCCAAAUGUUGUACGAUCGUCGUAUGACUGUGCGUUUGGAUCGUAUACCCGAUAAGGGCGAAGGCCUAAAGUUGCCCGAAGGUUUGGGUGGUGUUGGCAUUGGUUUAGGUCCCAAUGGUGAGCCUUUGAGGGAUGUUUCCCGAAAUUUACCCAACAACAACAAUCAGAAUAAUCAAACACAAAUGUCUGGUAAUAUGAUGGGUAGUGGUGGUGGAGGAGGCAACGGCAUGGGUGGAGGCAGCGGCAUGGGUGGCGGUAAUAUGGGUGGAGGCGGCAAUAUGGGCAUGGGCAACAAUGCAAAUGUGGGUGGCAUGUUUGGCAACAACCAGGUAGUGCAGCCCAGUCCCGUGGCUCCCGUAGGACCAAAUAACAAAUCAAUGAAUGCUAAUGCUGGUUUGAAUUUGAGCAAUUUAAACACCUCCAACUUGGCUGCUUUAACCAAUGUUGUGGGCGGUUUAGGUGCUGCUCUCUCCAAUCCUCUGCUAACAACCUCCCUUAACAAUCUGGGUCUAAAUUUGGGCAACCAAGGGGCCGGCAACGAUGAUUCUAUGUCUUCGGCUAAUGUGGCUCUCUCGAAUAACUAUAGCACAGGAGGCAAUAACUAUAGUUCGGGGUUCGGUGGUAGUUCGACAAAUUUUAGCUCACAGGCCGGCGGCAGUGGUGGUGGCGGGGGAGGAGUCCCUUUUAAUUCCUACAAUAGCUCUGGUGGAGGCGGCGGUCAAGAUAAUGACUAUAAUUCGAGCAAUGCCAUUGAAAUGUAUGGCGGCGGUGGUGCUGGAGGCAAUAAUCCCGGCAAUGUGGGUGGCAAUGUACGCAAGUCUGACACCAUUAUAAUCAAGAAUAUUCCGCUUAGCUGCACUUGGCAAACACUACGCGAUAAAUUCCGUGAUGUGGGUGAAGUCAAAUUUGCUGAAAUUCGCGGCAAUGAUGUGGGUGUUGUACGUUUCUUCAAGGAAAGGGAUGCUGAAUUAGCGAUUGCUCUUAUGGAUGGCUCACGUAUGGAUGGUCGUACCAUUAAAGUCACAUAUUUUUAAACAUAAUACCAACCACACAUCCAUAUUUUUUAGCAUUAAUAACCCAUAUAAAAACCUAUUCAGAAAAUGAUUUACAUUUUUCUAAAUCAUUUUCUUAUUAUUGUCUCUUUAAUACAUUUAUUAUAUUACUAUAACCUCCGCUGCUUUUCUUUAUAUAAUUUUUCUAAUUUGUUUUAAUUUUAAAUUAUUUUUCUUUAAAAUUAAAAAAGAAAAACUUAUUAUGUAUAAGCAAGUUUUUUUAGACUUUCUUUCUCCUCCUCGUUCUGUUUAUGAUUUUUUUUUCUAAUUUUCUGUUUUGCUAUUUAUUUUUAUAAGUUUAAACUUAAGAAGAAUUUGAAAAGAAUUUUUGAAUAACUACUAUAUAUAAUAACAACAAAAACCAUUGAAGAAACUCACAUAUUAAUAAAGUUUAUGUGUGCAAGAAAACCUACCGAAGUCUUCUCGUCUAUACAUGAAAAAUAUGCAUAAAACACUCAACACUUCCCCCGCAAAAUAAAAAAAAGUUAUUGUAUCUUUACAAAAUAUAAAUUUAUUUAAAUGUGUAGUAGUAAUUCGAAAAAAAAUAUAACAAAAAAAAAAAUAAUAAAGGAAAAAAUAAAAUA